AUGAGAAAGGUGAUCUAUGAGUUUGAGCAGUGUGACCCAAAAAAGUGUUCUGGAAAGAGGCUUAUCAGGCAAAAUAAGGUCCAGCCAAUCAAAAAGAAUAGAAACUUUGGAGGUGUGGUUCUUUCUCCGGACGCAGACCAGUCUAUCUCUCCCGCUGAUAGAGACAUUAUAGAGCGGUUUGGAAUAGGACUCAUAGACUGCUCGUGGGCCCAACUGGACGCCGUGGAUUUCAAAAGGCUUCCAAGAAAGCACAACAGGCUUCUUCCGUUCAUGGUUGCUGCAAAUCCGGUGAACUAUGGAAAGCCUUUCAAGCUGAAUUGUGCAGAGGCCUUGAGUGCCUCGCUAUAUAUUUGUGGUUUCAAAGAAGAUGCAUAUGAGAUACUUGAAGGAUUCAACUAUGGAGACGAGUUUUACAAGUUAAAUGCGGACAUUCUCGAUGAGUAUGCAAAAUGUACGUCAAGUGCCGAAGUGGUGGAAGUCCAGAACAGGUUCUUGGAAAGCCAAUCCAAGAAGGAGUGA